AUGGCAGAGCGAUGGCGCCCUGAGCUGCAUACCUUCCACUUUCCCGAGGGUGAAAUGACGAUCACCCUCAAAGAUGUUGCCAUCCUCACCGGGCUCCCGAUCACCGGAGAUGCCAUCAUCGACAGCUCGAGAAAACCAGAAGAUGGUUGGGGGCCAUUGAUUCAGGAACGUCUGGGGUUCAACAUGCCGACCACCACGCCCGUCGAAGGUCAGGGGCAUCCACCACUGAAUGCGGGGAAAGUAUCGAUCCCGUGGCUUGUUGACCACAUCCAGAUGGAGAUCACCAUUGAUGUUAAGAUGGUGCUUCAACAGUUGGUUUCUGGUGCGACACUCGAUGCUACAGAGCUUGAACCAAGACCAGGCGGGCAGCUUCUCUGUUUGAGCCCUCAGUUCUCAUCUGAUUCAAUCGCUCUCAGUCUCUCUCUCUACCGUGUGUUGGUUGCUGAGAAAGGAAAAGAAAGAAUGGGGAUUCGGUUCAUUUUGAUGGUGAACAAGAAAGGCCAGACUCGUCUUGCCCAGUACUACGAAUGGCUCACUCUCGAGGAACGCCGAGCCCUAGAAGGCGAAAUCGUCCGUAAGUGCCUCGCCCGCAACGAGCAGCAGGUUUCUCUCUACCUCUACCCACUUUCUCCCGAUCAUGAUUUCCCUCGAAAUCUUCGAUCCUAG